UGAGGACAGUAUAGAUUUCUUCACGAUCAAAAGAAGGAAGAAAAAGCAGAUCAGACAAGAAAACAUUAACUAUUUUAUUUUUAAUACUUGGACUGAAACCACAAAAUCUAUCCGAUAAUAAUUUAGCCAGGCACGCGAUUAUUAUAUCAGGUUCCAAAGUCCAUCUCUUCGAUCACUGCUCACAAUUUGCUGACAGCUGCAAAAUAUAACAGAAACAAAAUGUCAAUAAACAUACGUUGUGCCACGACGGAGGAUUUGCUGAACAUGCAGCACUGUAAUCUUCAGUGUUUGCCAGAAAAUUAUCAGAUGAAGUACUACCUCUACCACGCUCUCUCUUGGCCACAACUUAGCUACGUUGCGGAGGAUGAAAAGCGUCGAAUAGUUGGCUAUGUACUGGCGAAGAUGGAAGAGGACUGUGAGGACAAUCCCCAUGGGCACAUAACUAGCUUGGCUGUAAAGAGGUCACACAGAAGGCUGGGCAUUGCUCAGAAGCUGAUGAAUCAGGCAUCAAGAGCGAUGGUAGAGUGCUUUGGAGCGAAGUACGUUUCUCUUCACGUUAGGAGAAGCAACAGAGCUGCCUUGAAUCUCUACACAAGCAGUCUGCAGUUUGAGGUCUCUGAAGUUGAGCCGAAAUAUUACGCAGACGGCGAGGACGCUUAUGCAAUGAAAAGGGACCUAAGCAGUUUUCAUCAAGAAAAAAAUCAUGCGAAGGAUAAAAUCGCCAAAGACGGAACAGCGCACACCCAUUCUGGUGGAUGCUGUGAUUACGAACACUCUUGAAGAAAGUUUGUCUGGGUAUUUGAGACCAGCUACUACCGGUUCUUGAGUCCCUGAAUAAUUCCAGUUCAAGAUUCGUGACGAACCGAUGUUACCAACCAAUCGUAAAAUCAUCAGACGUAAAUUUUUUUCUGCGCGCAAACAUUCGAUAGCUGCAACAUUAUUAUUACUAUUAUUAUUAUUAUUAUUUUAUUUAAUAGAAGAAAGAAUAAAUAUUAUUGAAUAUACAAAAGUAAACGAAA